UGACAUGGCGCGUGUGCUGGCAAGACGUAUCGCGGGCGCCGGCGGUAUCGUGCGCACCAGUUGCGGGCAGCUUGGCGGGUUUCCAGUCCUUUCAAGGACUUCUUUCCAGCGAAGCUUUUGCAGUUAUGAAGCCUCCGUGGCCUCGAAGCUCACGGAUGCCUUAGGCGCCAGCAACUGCGUGGUGGAGGAUCGUUCUGGUGGAUGUGGGCAGAGUUUCAGCAUUUUGAUCGAGUCGGAAAAGUUCCGCGGUCUCAGCAAGCUGAAGUGCCAGCGGAUGGUGCAGGAAGUGAUCCGGGAAGAGAUUGCACAGUGGCACGCGGUGUCAAUACAAACCAAGGUCCCUGAAUGAGGAGACGUGAAAAAAAAGUGCAGCUGGAUAUGGGUCAAGAUUUGGUACC